GGAGAGCUGGAGAGCGCGCGCAGCAGCUGGAAAAGGACCAGGAAUCUUUAUUCACUUGUUUUUGAUUCCACAUUUUUUCUGUUUUUUGUCUAGUUCUAAAAGUAAAAAACAGAAGAAAAACGCAACACAUUCAUAACGAGCCGUUGCUCCUCCUCUCCUCCAGGCUGCUGAUCUUCAUCUGCAGACGUUGCCAAUGCAAUGACUCUUUUUGGACGUUAUCAUGGUUACCCGUAAUCCUGGUGACCCGUCAGUCUGGUGCCAUCCUUCUCUGCUCCUGUGCAGUCAGUCGAGGCGAUGCACGUCAUGGGCAGCGUCUCCCAGGCCAACAACGUCGAAGGGUUAUCCUUUAACCAGGACGUAGCUGUUGCUGAAGCAAUGUCCCCACCUUCCUCUUUGACAUUUUCACACAACAGUAAAAAUGGGGCGAGACUACAAGACAGUCCUGCACCUCCUCCUCCUCCGCCUCCUGCUCCCCUUCCUCCUCCACCUCCUCCUCCUCCUCUGCUACCAACAGGAGGAGGACUGAAGAAGAAGAAGAGGGUGAGGAGCUUCUUCUGGAAAACGAUUCCAGCGGAGCAGGUCAAAGGUCACGCCAACCUUUGGACUCAGGGUCAAGUCCAGCAGGAUUUCCAGAUCGACGUAAAGAAAAUCGAGGAGCUUUUCACUCAGAACGAUGGCCCGCCGGCCUCCAAGGCCACGCCCACCAGAGGAGGGAAGACCCGGCUGUCGUUCAGGGAGGCUAAAGACGAGGUCUCCAUUCUAGACGCCAAACGAGGGCUGAACAUCUCAAUCUUUCUAAAACAGUUCAAGAGGUCCAAUCAGGCAAUAGUGGAUGACAUUCACCAUGGCAACAGUGAAUCAUUUGGGGCGGAGCCUCUGAGAGAGCUGCUGAAGCUGCUUCCAGAGAAAGAGGAGGUGAAGAAGCUGAAGGCGUACCGAGGCGACGUCUCUAAGCUCUCAUUGGCCGAUUCCUUCAUCUAUCUGCUGACUCAGCUGCCCAGUUACUCUGUCCGCAUUGAGUCCAUGCUGUUAAAGGAAGAGUUCCCUGGUGCCUGUGAAGCCAUGAAACAAGAUUUAAAAACUCUUCGCUCUGCUGCCAAAGAAUUAAUGUGCUGUAAGGAGCUCCACGCUGUUCUGCACUUGGUGCUGCAGGCCGGAAACAUCCUCAACGCUGGAGGUUCUGCAGGAGACGCUGUGGGCUUUAAGCUGUCCUCCCUUCUGUCUCUUGCAGACACCAAGUCCAACAAACCGGGGAUGAACCUGCUGCACUUUGUGGCUCUGGAAGCUCAGAAAAAAGACAAACAUCUGCUGGAGUUUCCUCUGAAACUUCCUAACAUCCAGGCUGCAUCCAGGAUCUCUUUUGAAACGCUGGAAGCUGAACUGCAGCUGCUGACGUCUCGCACGCGCUCAGUAGAGGAGAGCAUCCAGAAGGAGACAGAGCUGCUGCAGCAGCUGGACAGCUUCCUGCAGAGCGCCACGAUGUCCCUGUGUUCGCUGCGCGGCAGCCAGCAGCAGCUGAAGAAGGAAGGCAGAGAGCUGGUGGACUUCUUCUGUGAGGACAGGGACACCUUCAGGCUGGACGACUGCUUCAGCAUCUUCCACACCUUCUGCACCAAAUUCACAAACGCUGUCAAGGAGAACAAAGAGAGGGAGGCAAAAGAAGCAGCUUGUCGUCAGCGAAUGCGCGAGGAGGAGCUGAAGCGACACUCUUGGUCUGGAGGAGAGGAGGUAUCUGGAGCCUUCGGCUCACGCUGCCGCAGUGAGACAGACAUGUCAGCUGCAGCGACCAGGGAUGAGGCUGGACUUCUGCUCGACCUCCUGACAAGGUCCCGCUCCUCUCUGAAUACCAACCACAUCAGUCGGGGACGCUCGGGGAACUUCCAGCGAAGCCGUAGGUCUCCUUCCAGCUCACCGUCUCUGGCUGCAGAGCGAGACCUGAGCGCACUGUUGGAGAAGUCCAACGACCUCAGAGUUCCUCGGCAGAGAGGCAAGGAGGACACGAGGAAAACCUCCCCAUCAGCCUCCUCUAAACACGAGCUUCGGAGUUUAGGACUCUCUCCUUCUAAAGUAUUGACUGUCUCGCCAACGCACUUAGCGAUCCCCUCUAGCAGGAUCGAAGAAAACACCAACGAUACGGACAUAAUUUACCUGAGCAUUGAUAGUAAGACAGAAAUGAACAAAGAAGAAAUUCCAAUCAAACCUACCUCUGAUUCAAAACAGGAAUCUGAGCUCCAUGACAACGGGAGAAGCCAACUUGUUCCUGGUUUUAAGGGUCAGGAGACUGGUUGGAGGAUUAAAUGUGAUGAUCAGAUUUCCAGCGGACAGAGCAGCGGUGCUGCUAAAGGAAACAUGUCUGUGGUUUUGGAGAAAUGUACCCUGGUACCUGAGCUAAAAGUGUUUGACAGUACCACCACCCAGACGGGCCGCGAUGAAGACCACUGUACCAACCAUCGCACCAUGACUACACGCCUGGAGGAAGAGGGGGUAGACAAACUGCAAAAUGACGAGAAGAAAUCCUCAAGAGCACCAAAAGAGAAGACAGAGGAGCAAGAAAUCAAGGUGAUCGUCUGGUGUGUGACUGGUGUGUGUGAAGCAACUGGUGAAAAUGCACAACCAGACACCCAUGGAGAAGGACUGCAUGGUGAAAACCAACAAACGUCCUCGAUAACGGCCAAUCAGGAGUGUUCAGACGCUCAGCUGGACUGUAAAGGCACAGAGUCGGUCCCAAUCAGCAGCCAGCCCGUCUCCCACUUCAACAACCCUGAUUCUUCCCCUGGAUUGCAUCCUGUAAAACCUGCAUCAGCCGAACCAGAACCACAGGCAACAAAGGCUUCCCCAGCCAGUGGGGACCCCGCAUCAACCUUUGAUGGUCUGGUGUCACCCAGUCCAGGUUCUCCUACUGCAGAGGCACCGGCGAAAGAUCAGAAAACAGACAAUCCAGAGACAGAGGAGGAGAAAUCAACCAAUGCGGUACCUUGCUCAGAGAACAAAUCUGAUAAUAGAAGCACAAACAGGAAGACCUUGAAACAAAAGACAGCAGAAGAUUCUUCCACUGGUGGUAAAACAAAAAGAACAAACUCAGCCAAACUCUCCACCAAGAAGUUGCCGAACUCCAACUCUGGAAGCACUGGGAUGAAACCAUCAAACACAACCUCCACAGGUGGGAGAUCUGUCCGUACUCUCACCAGCUCUGAGGACCAGAGCAUGAGACGAGUUGUACCCAUUACAAGGAUGAACCCCGGUUCUUCAUCCAGAGACAGAAAGGAUGAAAAGCCAGGAGUUUACACGCGGGGGUCCUCCAGAACCGCAGCACACUCUGGUCCAAACAUCUCCACCCUCAACAGCUCAUCCACCCGUCGGGGAGAGAGGCCCAGAACUGCUCCGUCAACCCAGCGUCCGAGCACCACUAAGACACCAGAGUCCAAAGAUCUGAGAGAGCAGAACCAGGACUCACAGGGGAGGCCGCCUGUCCGGAAACCCUUAACGAAACCCAAAACUCAAACAGAGGAGAAAAUGUGUCUCUCCAAGCUCCGGGCACUCAAUCAGGCUGGAAAUAGGGGCAGUGUCAGCGCUCCUGUCACGCCUUUGCACAAAUCAAGAUCCCCUUCAUCGUCAGUGCUUCCUGGUUUUACCCGAAGCACAGCAUCCUCUUCUUUCAGAAGGACAAAACCUCCUCUUGGGGCUCCUCAUUCCUCCAACAGUAGUUCCCCUAAAGCCGCCCCCAACACUUCCUCCGCUCCCUCGGCUGCUUCUUCAUCCCCUUUUACCAAAACAGCCUCUUCCAGAUCAAAAGAUCCCAACGUGUCCUCCUCGUCCUCUUUAAGGAGGUCUCACAGCAACAGAUCACCUGCUCCAUCUCCCCGACACGGCUCCCUGGCGCCCUCUAAAGGCCACAGACGAAAAGACAGUGGGAGCCUCUCUGACAAGUCAACCCAUUCCAAAGAGUCGACCAAAGCCAGCAGACCCAGCUGGAGAUAACAGAUGGAAACAUUAAGUCUCUGAUUCUGGAAGCUCAAAGUAAACUACAGAGUCCAGAGGAUUCAUCCUGAAUCUAAAACACCUACCUUGUUAUUUCAGGAUGAGGAACUUCUCUAAUGAGCUGUUUAUUAUGGGUGCAAGGAUGUAAACAUUGAAAAACGCUAAAUGUGUUGAUCAUGUGCUUUAAAAGGUCAACAGAGAACACAUUCAGAGAGGGAGACUAAGCUAUUGUCAGAUCUGUGUGAAAUGUUUAUAUAUGCAUAAAAUAUUAUGGGGUUGCACAAUGGAACAGUUAGUAACACUGUUUGCAGUAAGAAGUCCCUGGGUCUAGAUAUGGACCCCGGGGUCUUUCUGCUUCUUCUCCUGUACAGGCAUGAGUUCCCUCCAGGUUCUAUGGCUUCUCUCAACAGUCCAAAAACACGACUGUUAGGGGAAUUCUCUCUAAAUUACUGGAUGGAUGGAUGGAUGGAUGGAUGGAUGGAUGGAUGGAUGGAUGGAUGGAUGGAUGGAUGGAUGGAUGGAUGGAUGGAUGGAUGGAUGGAUGGAUGGAUGGAUGGAUGGAUGAGGUAUUAUUCGAUUAAUUGAUUGAAACACUAAUCAUGAAUGUGAUUUUUGUUUUGUUUUUAAAAGCUGGUUGGUUGCAAAGUUCAAGGCAAACUUAUGAGAUCCAGUAAUUAAUCUCUGACUGCUAUAUUGUCAGUCAGAAAAAUGCUGAUUAAUGUCACUAUCAACAUUUGUGGGAACUGGUGGUCUAGUGGUUAGGAUAUAGCGCUUGAAAUGCUCAGUUUCUGAGUUUGAGCCCCCACUCCCACAGACUGACACUCUGGGUCUCUGAUCACAGACCCUUAACCCCACACUGCUCCCCUGGCAUCCUGCAGCUUAGGAUUGGGAAUUGAUAAGAUUUUCACGAUUCUGAUUCCCUUAUCGAUUCUGUGAAACGAUUCGAUUCUCUUAUCGAUUCUGUGAAACGAUUAACUUGGUAAGUCCACAGGGACAUUUGUCUACCUUCGCCUGGAACAUUCUAUUUCUGCCUGCCUCUGCGAAAACAGAAGGCAGUGAACUGCGAGCCUCUGCGCCAGCCAGACUACCCGUCUCAUCACAGUCAUCUAAAUCUAAUGGAGAAGGGAUCUGUUUAAUGAAAAAGCAUUACUGUACAAUUUCGGGAAAUAAACUCAUCUCCUCCUGAUUUAAAUAAACGAUCAUCACCUUUCUCUCGCUCUCUGAACUGCGGAGCAACUUCGUAGCAUGUUUAAUAACCCCAAAGAGAGGUAGGAAACUGGUUUAUUUCCAGAAAUUGCAUAUGCUUUACUAGGAAUCACAUUAAGCAGAGCCAGGGAUAUAAAACUAGCUACUUACCACCAGAGUUGCCUUCCAUGCUGGUCGUAACUUUAGCUUCUGUCCGAAAGCAUAAAAAAAACAUGGAAUUCGUUAAAAUGUAUGCUAUGUUGUGUGUGCAGGUGUUUCUGCAUGUUGGAUGUAUUUCCUCCCGAUGUAAUUGCCACUUUGCAAUUAUUGCAAAGCUCCUUGUUGUCAUCUUUCUCUUCCUUAAAAUGAAGCCAAACUUUCCAUCGCUUUGACCACUUUUGUUUUGCUUUUCUAGACUUACACCUGGUCACGUCGUACUUGCUUACUGAAUGCCGUGUGCGUAACUUGCGUGAAAAUUUUUACGUAAGUUGUGCUGCCCAGCACUAGGCUCUGGUGCGGCUUGGAAUCGAUAAGAGAAUCGUUAAGCGAGCUGCCAAACGGUGCCAUGGAAUUGGAACUUACAGAAACGUGUGUUUCAAUUCCAAUUUUCGAUUCCCAUCCCUACUGCUGCUAGCCA